ACAGAUUUCAAUCCUCUAAACCCUAUUCUUUCUCUUUCUCUCUCUUUCUUGCCACCCGAGUCUAAUGGCUUUGCACUCCCACAUAGAGAGAGUCCUAUGGAGUGAGGAGCAAAUCUCUCGCCGGGUCACCAACCUCGCCGCCCAAAUCUCUGCUGACUUUUGUGCGGUUUCUCCGCCGCCGGUGGCCGUUGGUGUGGCCACAGGUGCUUUCCUCUUCCUCGCCGACCUGGUUCGAAGGAUUGAGCUUCCCCUCGCCGUUGAUUUCGUGAGAGCCGAAUCCUACGGUUCAGGAACACAGUCCAACUGUGCGCCCACCAUUUCUUUGGAUUUGAAAGUUGAUGUCAAAGGCCGCCACGUCAUAUUGGUUGAAGACAUCGUAGAUACAGGACAUACUCUAUGUAGAGUUAUUGAACACUUGAAAUCAAAAGAAGCAUCCUCUGUAUCCGUGUGCACUUUCCUUGAUAAGCCAGCAAGGAGAAAAGUUAAUGUUCAACUAGUGGGUGAAGGCAAAUUCUACAGGGGAUUUGAGUGUCCAGACUAUUUUGUUGUUGGAUACGGGAUGGAUUUUGCAGAACUAUACAGAAACUUACCAUACAUCGGUGUCUUGAAGCCUGAACAUUACCAAUGAUUCUACACAUUAUUAGCCAUGGUUUUCUCAGCAUUUUUCUUGAAUUCUUUCAAUUCUACGUGAUUGGUGAACAGAAUGUGAAACAGUAGUAGAUGGAAACUAGAAUAAUUUUUUUUGUUAUGCAUUUUGAACUGUACAAUUUCAUUUCAUACAUCAUCAAAAUCUAAACAACAUUGGUUGUCGAAUAACAUGGUUUACUGUAGCUAGAUACUUACAAUAAAAUAUUAGGAACAUACUAAGUUUGCAGCCUUGGAGCCUUGAUGGAAUUGGUUGUAAUGACCCCAAUCAUAGUUGAGAUAAAAACUAUGAGCUUUUACGCAUUGGGGUCACCAGAGAGAAUGACAUGGUGUUAGUGAUAUUCACAUUGCCAAAUCCACCCAUUCCCAGGACCUUCAACUUAAUUGUUAAUACUUUGCACCUUAGAGCCUUCAUAGUUUCAAAAUAACCAAUAUGUAUUCAUGUGAGUUAACCAACAUUUGAAGCAAAUCAUCCUUUAUAUUGGAGCCUUGGAGGGAAUAAUAUAUACUUAGGUAGCCCAAAAUGUGAAGUGAUGUACAUUCAUACUCUAUGCCUUACCCCAAAUGAAAAGUAACUUCAAGAUAUGGCAAAGAAGAUCACAACAUUAACUUCCUCAUUAAAUCUAAGAUUUGAUAUGCAUCAUAUCACAGAUUUUAUACAGAUGCCCUCUCUAUUUGGAAAGCUUUGAAGCCCUCUUAGGUGGCCCAAUAGUUGCCAAGUGUACUUUUAAUUACUAAUUCAAAUCGUUAUUCAUGAAUCAAGUAAUGUUUUA